AUGGGUUGUCGACCGUCAACACCUGAAGUGAUUACGGUAACGCCACCCGAUCCACCACCUAGCGAUAUACCAAACGAUCCCCCACCACCAAAAGCACGAACCUAUCGUCCGUCUAUUGCUAGCCUUCAGAUACCGCAACAAGACGAUUUAAUCUCCGAAUAUACAAGUGGUAGAUCAACAGAUGAAGAAGAGCAAGAGAAUCAAGAUUAUCUGUGCGGGACCGACUUCUCAUUACAGUGGUUGCUGCAGACAUUAGCCGAUAAGUUUAAUCAACAGUUCGACGAAGAACCGCAAUGGAUCACUGAACGUCUAAAUAGACCAAAAUGGGAUGAAUGUGCCACUUCAACAGUCAUUCGAGUGACAUUCGGUUGGGAAGAGCAAAAUCUGCCAAGAAGUGUCAUUCUCAAGACACUGUCCGCAAAAGAUCUGCAAGACGAUGAAUUAGCAGAGUAUCACUAUCUCAUGUUUAAAAGGGAGUGCAACGCUUAUGACUGGACACAAAGAUAUCCGAAACUUCCGGCACCUAAAAUUAUCCACAUCAAACGACACGCGAAAGAAUUCGGUGGUGUGGUGGUAAUGGAGGACGUUUUAGAGAGAGCGGUUCAACAAGACGCCGUUAAGGGUCUAUCGGUACGUGGCUGCGUGGAUAUUGUACGAGAUCUGCUUCAUCAACUUGCCAUACUUCAUAGCUUUUCCAUGAAACAAAACAGUUGGAGUGCAAUAGUAGCCGAUUUACCGCCAUCUUAUUACUCGCAUAUGUCGUCCGGCUACAACGAAAUUAUGGAGUUUUUCGAACGACACGACGUCAAGCACUCUUGGUUCACCGCAACCGCCAAGUACUUCACAUCUGAAUACUUACACAAGAUGUCGACAAAGGCCUUUGAAGAGGUGCCGCCUAGAGUGCUCGUGCAUGGUGAGCCAUAUGCGGGCAACAUCUUCGCGGACUUCGACAGUAAAGAACCACGGAUUGCUGCUAUCAUUGACUGGACAGAAAAUCAGAACCUCUGCAGAGGACGACAAGCACUUCAGGAUCGUAUCGAUUGUGCGACACCGCUUUUGGAGGACUAUCACACAUUCCUUACAGAAGACUCUCCUGAAGACUGUCAAAUUAGUCUAGAUACUGUUCAAAAUGCAUUCGACAUGUUUGUACCAGUCGCUGUAGUCACUUUUCUUCAAAAGGUAAUGGCGAGCGAAAACAAGGAGGAUAUCGAACCGCUCAUCGACAGAGCGAAGGGACUCAUAAAAACUGUAUACACUAUGACUAAUCCGUCAGAAGAACAGUGA